ACCCGACGUCAUACCAAAUUUCCGCGUCGAGCCACCCUUCCGUAAACAAUAAUCCUGCCACUACACACAACUAAGCAUCAUGGAGUCACUCACAGCAUCUGAGCAGCGCGAGCUGCAGUCGCGCAUGGAGAAGAAGCAGAUGAAGGAGUUUAUGAACAUGUACUCCAACCUCGUCCAGCAAUGCUUUGAUCACUGCGUCAACGGCUUCGAAAGCAAGUCCCUCACCUCGCGCGAAGAGAGCUGCGUUAUGCGAUGCGUCGACAAGCACAUGAAGGGCUCCCAACGAUUAGGCGACCGCUUCCAGGAACAGAACGCCGCCAUGGCGCAACAAGGUGGCAUGGGCGGAAGAUAAAAUUCUGCGGGUAGAUCGUACGUCGCCAGCUAUGAGCUGGUAAAAGGCUCAGCGGCGACGGCGUGCUAUGUUAUUUGGAUCACGACGUCUGUACUAUAGUAACGAAAUCUGGAAUCUGGCCUUGGAGCACUUUACCUCCAUAUGCCUUGGUCAAGCAAGCUAUAACCUUGCACUCAAAAUCAUCAAGCGUUCAGUUGCCGCUGUCACAUGUCUCCGCUUGAUGCCUAUCCUGGACGAAAUGUGC